AUGGACAUGAGCGUUUUUCCAAUGGACCUCUCGGGUCAUAUCGCCUCUUCGUCAUCACCAACCCUGCAGCAGCAGUCAUCACCGGCGUCCUUUUACUCGUUCUCGCACCCAAGCAACUACUUCCUCGCAAGUACUCCGGGAUAUGGCGCCGUCCCCUAUACGACAUCCUCGUGGCCAGGGACAUCCACGUUACCGCUGUCAAACUACUCCUCAUUAAACGGAGCAACCAGCACUACCUCGAGCCAGAAUCAGUCAUCACAGCAGUCGCCUACCCAAUCACCGCCACCACCACCCUCGCAGGUUAUGAUAGAUCCAUCAUUAACGUUAAACAUGAACGGGUCGAGCUCGAGUCCCCCGCCUCAAUAUCAGACCGCUUACAUAUCCCAUGCCUCCCAUGUCCAGCAGCGCCCUCAGUACACUGCCUAUCAGCACUCGCCGCAACCAUCAGCGCUAUCAAUAAAUCCUUCUUUUGUCCAUACCACCCCCUCGCAUUUCCAGCAGAUACAUCGACAGCCAUCCUUGCAGCAAACUCAGCAUUCUCCGCAGGCCUCUAUUUCCCCUUAUGUCCUCCAUUCACCGCCACUGUCGAAUGCAAGCUCAUCUCCGCCCAUAUCGACAGCUAGUUUUUAUGCGCAGCCGCAACAGCCCCAGCCUCCGCCCCCGCCGCCUCAACCCUCGGGACCAACGCCUGAGCAGCUGAAGGAAAAAUUCUUGGCUGGUUUGAAACCUUUAUUACAGUCGAAUUCUUUCAGCGGGGCUGGCGCAGUGCAAAGGUUGACUGGUCAUAUAGAAGACUAUGGUAUCCUCAAGGUCGACGUUCCGACACGCCUAGAUAUCCUCUCAAAGAUCCGCGACAAUGCCGGCAAUCACUACUUCCGUGCUUGGGCAGAGAACAGUCUUGCAAUGCUGAUCACUAAGAGAUGGCUUACAGAUAGUGUCGCUGAAGACAAGAGUGAGGCAGCACAGACGACGAUGCCUUUGCUACAUGUCCUGGAUCGCCUGCCGAUGACAAUCGACUGUCUUAAAGAGUCAGGGAUAGGCAAGGAAGUGAAGCGUGUCUCAAAAUCCAGUUCUUCCAACUCUGCGAUUAGGGACAUGGCAUCAAACAUCGCUUCUAAAUGGCGUGCUCUCCUCCCCCUUGGCCCGCUGCAGACGCCGGCGUCUACGAAAGCGAGCGAGGAUACGGAUGCGAAGAGCAAGAAACGCAAGGCUGAAGAGCCUCCAUCAGUGGUGAAAGGUCAGCCUGCGACGAAGAAGGGUACCGUCACAACUGUUGCGUCUACAUCAAAGGCGACUACUGCGACCAUUGUGGCGAAAAAACCCUUAGCAAAAGCACCGGCAGUCAAGGAUGCAAAGACAGACAUUUCGUUCUUCUCUGCAGCAAAACCCAAGCCAAAACUCCCUGACUUCAAGAAGGCCCCAUUCACAGUCAAGAAGGAGCCGGACCUGAAUGUCGCUCAGCCGUCCUCAUACAACCCUUUCGAGGAGAUUGUCAAGUCGCUGAAACCCCGCAAGGAGUCGCCAGCAACGGCGACGCCACCUCCGCUCACCACAAUAAACGGUCCAACAGCCUCGGUAGAACUGAAGAAACUCAGCAAGAAGAAGUCCGUCACGUGGGCGCCUGACGGGCAGCUGGAGCUAAUCAAAGUCAUUGAACGGGCUGUGUACGACGACGACCCCGCGGAUGGUAUGCACGGCGCACACAGCGUGCGCGAACUUGAAAGAGGCGAGGGCGCUGCUCUAAUAGCACACCUGUUUGAAGAACAAAUCGACUGGUCCGAACCACUAAUUAUAGAAAUUCCGCCAGAAAUCGAGGUUCCCGAACGUGGUAAGGACAGUAUCGAGAAGGUCGCUCAGGAUGAGCGCGAACAGAAUGCACUAGGUGCACUCUACAUAACUGAGGCUCAGAUACCUGAGACAGCGGGUGAGCCGACGUCGGCGCUGCCCGAUGACCAGAUCGACACGCAAGCGAAACCGAUGCUAGUUGGCCAGGAUAUGGAAGCGCUUUUCUGGAGCGGCGUCCCGCCACCAGCCGCCAUGGCUUCGUCGGUCGCGGAGCUUGUCGGUCAGCUAACGGCAGGCGGCCUCCCAGACGUCAUAAUGUCGGAUGCAAACCCUCCGCCUGCGUUCGACCCCAGCGUGCUCGCCAACAUCAGACCAGAAGCGCUGCAGCAGCUCGUGCAACAGGCGCAGGCCCUGCAGGGCGUAACGCCUCCCUAUCCGCUUGGACCGUCUCCUCCCACCGGUCCGCGUAUCAAUGGCGAUCAGGACUGGAAUGCGCCCCCAUUCCAGGAAUACGACCGUGGGUAUGAGGAGAAGGAUCGUCCUUGGGGUCGUGAAGAAGGGGCGAUGGCUUCCGAGGGCGGAAGAGACCUUGUACUUUCUUUCAGCAGGGAAGGUGUCGAUAUGGAGACAGGUGUGAUUUCAGCCACGAGCCAGCCUCGCAGGCGAACGUGA